AUGGAGAGGAGAGCGCAGGCCGCAGAAUCUCUAGCGACUGAAGCCGCCGCUGGCAAAGAUGCGCUCAACAAUGCUAUCAACUCAGCCGAAAUGUAUAUGAGAGCCGCAGAAGAGGCUGGUAGCAAGGCCGACGCUGCUCGUCUUCGACGAAAAUGCCAGGACAUGAUUACCUACGCUGAAAGACUUAAGGGUGCUCUGGCUGUGGGAGCAGAUUCCGUAGAAUUGCCUGCCACGCGGCCGUCGCCGUUCGAGUCAACAUCGGCAUCCAUCUUACGGCUAGGCUCGCAGCUCCAUGGAAAUGACUUUCCCGCUUGGAAAGAGAGCCCAGGAAUUGAUGAGUUUGAACUUUUGCCAGGCCAAGAUCCAUUCACAGAUGAUACAGAAUUCUCUUUAUCCACAAACCAAAUCGACAACUUUGCGGCUUGGGUAAGACCCCCGGAAUUGUUCAAUUUGAUUCAGCAACAUGAUAGAACGACCUGCGAGGAUGCCAUGAUGCAGGUUUCUGACCACAGCGAUCUGAUGCAAGACAUAACGACGGACUGCUCCGUGGUCGCUAGUCUCUCGGCAGCCUUCAAUGUACUCACGGGGAAGCACGCGGUUCUUUCUUCAAUAUUGCAUCCUUACGACCUUGCGAACAAUAAGCCAAGACUCUCUCCUUCGGGCAAGUAUGUGAUGAAACUGAACUUCAAUGGGUGUGCCCGCAAAGUCAUAAUUGACGACAGGUUACCCUCGUCCCGGACGGAUCGUGCACUAUUUGUGGUCGACAAGCAAAAUCCAUUUCUUCUGUGGCCAGCUCUGCUUGAGAAAGCGUAUCUCAAGGUCCGAGGCGGCUACGACUUUCCAGGGAGCAACUCCGGCACAGAUUUAUGGGUGCUUAUAGGGUGGAUCCCGGAGCAACUCUUUCUACAAAGAGAGGACAUUGAUCUCGAGAACAUCUGGGAGCGGAUACGAGCUGCCCACAAGUCUGGAGAUGUUGUGAUCACGCUUGGAACUGGUAGGGUAUCGGCCGAGGAGGAGGAGGUAAUGGGUUUGAUUGGGGAACACGACUACGCUGUCGAAAAUCUUGAUACCUCUGGCUUCGGCCGGCGGCUGUUGAUUAAAAAUCCUUGGUGCCACGCCCCGUCUAUGACGGCACUGGAGUGGCCAGACUCUGCAUCCUCUCCCACCCUCAGCAAGCGACUCAAUGCCGCACCGUCAAGAGAAACGCUGACACAUUACUCGGAUUCUACAAGCAGGCUGUGGGUAACAUUUGAAGAUGUUGCGCAGCAUUUUGAAUCUAUGUAUCUUAACUGGAACCCAGCAUUGUUUCCAUGUCGUCAGGACCACCACUUUUCAUGGGAGCUCCCUGCCAAGGUAUACAGCGCAUCAUUGUCUAGAAACCCCCAAUUUUCGGUCACGUCUCCAAGGGCUGGUAGCAUUUGGGUCCUCGUGAGUCGCCACUUCGUCGACGCUGAGCUGGAUAUUGCUCGUGAGAGGCGGGAUUCAAUGGCUGCUGCGGCCCGUCAACUCGGUUUCAUGAGCGUAUCAGUCUUCAAGAACGGCGGGAAAAAACUUCAAAUCGGUGGUGGCGAACUUUACCGAGGCCCCUAUGUCGACUCACAUCAAACGCUGGCCCGCCUUGUUACAGAACCUGGACAGCCGUACACAAUCGUCGUUGAUCAGCACGAACUCCCUUUGCCUCGUUACAAUUUUACAAUGUCGCUUUUUUCUCACAGCCCGCUUGAAGUGAGAGAAGCCUUGGAGAACAUGUCACAGUUCACAGAGCAGCUUGGAGCUUGGACGAGGAGAACUGCCGGUGGCAACUCGUCAUGCGGAACCUUUUUUCAAAACCCACAGUAUAACCUCUCCAUUAAAAGUCCGAGCCCAGUCUCUAUUCUACUCUGCGCCGAUGCUCACGACGUUCACGUCCAUGUGGAUGUCAUAUGGGGGCAAGGCCGUCGGGUAACAGCUGUGAGAGUCAAAGACUUGGUAGCUUCUUCGGGAGAAUAUCGACGUGGGUGCGCCGUGGCAGAUAUUACGAUGCUUGAGCCAGGCACUUAUACUAUAGUGUGUUCUACUUUUGAGGCUGGCCAGUUGGGCAACUUUUCCAUGCGGGUUGCCGCAAUGGUACCGGCCUCGAUUACUCCUGUACCGGCAGACGGAGCAGGUAAACUCCUAACAAGAUUACCACGUGUUCACCUACGAGAAGGAGACGAGCGAUUUCGGUUACCGGUUGACGUGUCUCGGCUCACAAGGGCAAGUGUUUCUCUGAACGCUAGUGCUCCGUCACAACUUGGUAGCAAGAUGCAGGCCCCCUCGUCGCAGGUGGUUCGUGUGUCAGUAGUCCAUCGCUGGGGACCAGAACAGGUCACAAUAGCAGUCUCUGGUGAAAACGAAUUUCAAGACCCUGGAAACCCAAUUCGCACUCCCCAGUUUGACAUGGAGCCUGAUCGCAUACAGAGAGACGGUCUGUGGAUACUACUCGAAAGUAUGGGGUCUCAUGGCGCAGCCCUGGCAAUCGAUGGAGAGAUUCUUAGCGACUCCCCUGUACGGAUUGGCGGCUGGGAAACAGCGUGA